AUGGGCAGCAUUCGCAGCCGUCAGGAAGCUACGGACCAACUGACGGACCAUGAUCUUCGUGCCCAUCUGUUCGACUCGACAGUCCUUCCAGCGCUCUGUUACGCAGCGGAGACGUGGGCAGACACCGCGGCCACGUCUAGGAAGCUACUUAUUACCCACAGAGCCCUUGAGAGAUGUCUCCUGAAGUUUAACCGGCGCACACAACACCUUGCCGGUCUUCGUAGCUCCGACUUAAGAGGAAUGUCCCGUCUUCGCGACCCAGCGGAAUAUGUAUCGAAAGCAAAACAUAGAUGGGCCGGUCACAUCAUGAGAAGAAUCGACGAUAGAUGGACUAAAAGAACGCUAGAGUGGAUCCCAAGGGACGCUAAACGCCCCCGAGGGAGACCGCCAACGAGAUGGAGUGACGUGUUCGCUGCACGGAUGGACCAGCUGAGAGCUCAGCUGGAUACGGCUCAAGGACCUCGUCAACGUCACUCACGAAGCUUGAGAACAUCUUGGAUGACAAUGGCGAGGGAACGAAACGAGUGGAAGAGAUGCUGGGGCCCGCACGUCGAGUGA